UUAUUUUCUGAUUGCUUAAUAAGCAGUUACCAGCAAUGACUGAACAAAGUUUGCUUCAGUCAAGCAAUGCUGACUUGCACUCAGAGGUGGGCGUUUCUUUGUAGUCCCAGAGCAAUGACUCAUGAAUGAACACACUGUCUGACACGUUUGGCCAACUUCGUCAUUGGCAUAUGCAUGUGGUGUACUCUGCACGGAGCAGUAUUUAAUCUCAUCCUGCUGCUGCUGCUGGCCUGUCACUCAAAAGCCGUCUUCUCAGAUCCUGGUGUGGUGCCUCUUCCAGACACUGCCAUCGAUUUCUCAGAACUUCGGUCACAGUCGUCUCGGAUGAAUGAGCGAGGCUGUGAAGGAUGGACAGUGUGCAGUAGGUGUGAAACCUACAGACCUCCCAGAGCGCACCAUUGCCGCGUCUGUCAGAGGUGUAUACGACGUAUGGACCAUCACUGUCCCUGGAUCAACAACUGUGUCGGGGAGCUGAAUCAGAAGUAUUUCAUCCAGUUUCUGUUUUACACGGGCAUGGCCAGUCUGUACUCUUUGGUGCUCGUGGUGUCGGCCUGGGUGUGGCGGAUAAGGAACGAGAAAGACGGCAAUGCAGAAAAAGAAGAGAUGCCCAGUAAGCAUCUCAUAGUUGCUCACUACAUCAUCCUCCUGGUGGAGUCGAUCUUAUUCGGCAUCUUUGUCAUGGUCAUCUUCUAUGAUCAGCUGGUCUCCAUAGUAACAGAUGAGACUCCCAUUGAGCAGAUGAGGAACAGACUGAUGAUGGACAAGAGCUCCUCCUCGUCCUCCUCCCAGUUGCCCCACCAUCCAACGCACUCACGCAAGCCGAAGCUCGCACUGUUGCGUGAAGUCUUUGGAAGAGGUUCUAUCAUCUGCUGGCUGCUUCCUCUCCACUCUAGUCCUCCGACGGUCGGCGGGAUCACGUACUCUGCCUUGCCCGACUAUGAUGUCUGAGCUUUGGCCUGUGAUGGAGUCAGAAGGAAAGGUGUGUGUGUGUGUUGUGUGUGUGUGUGGGGUGAUGGAUUUCUUAUGUCUUAGUCUUGGACCUGUGAGAUGAAGAGGAAGGAGGGAGAGAUGAAGAUGGAUGGAGAGAAUGUAGAACUGGGGAGUAGGUGAAUGAAGCCCCAGGGACUUAAAACACGUCACCAUCAAAUCUCCAGCCUAAUGAUUUUUUUUCCUUUGGGGAGGUGUGUGUGUGUUUGGGGGGGGGGGGGGCUGUUUGUGCUUUUGCACUGGCAUUCUCUGAUUACUAUGUUUUGUGGAGGCGCCCCCUUGUGGGCACUGAUGUCUGUUGUUGGUUGCACAUGACAAAGGUGGAAUUAUUUGCACUGAAAGCUUCUGAUACGUGAUGAAUUUUCCAUUUGUAAUUUUGGACACUGCGCCUAAAAAAAAAAAAAAAAAAAAAAUUCUGCAUUUCUUCCAGAAUUAAUUUUCUGUCUUUGCUAAAAGUUCCAGAAGCAAUAUUACGGUCACCGGACACUAAUCCGCGACACUUAACGGUCCUGAAUGCAGGUUCUUUUUGUGCUACUUUCUACACGCGUGUGCAGUGGAUCAGGCCCAUCAGUAUCUAUGAUGUUUUUAGUAUUUGCAUAGGUUACAUACAAUUUUGUAUAGUUGUGCAAAAAAAAAAAAAAAUCGAGGAAAAUAUAAAUUUUCUAGAAUGUGGAUUUCUGUGCAGACACUUGUUUCUGUUAAAUUGGCUGCUAAAAAAAACACAAUUUGAUUUCGGCAAAAAUAUAAAAGUACCUCAGAGACAAAAAGAGAUCAAAGGACAUGAGCUCGACAUUUAGACUUAUAAUUUGAUGGACAGUGAACUCUUAUUUCGAGAUGACAUAAAAGCUUUUCAUUUUAUAUGUAUUUAUUUGGAUACAUUUUGGGGUCUUAAUUCAUGUUAAAGGGGAUGUUUUCUAUAAUUACAGAUGGACUGAUAUGAAAACUUAACGGGGCGAAAACGGGUUAAGCCCUAAUUGUCGUAAGGUAAACAAAUCUAUGCGUUGAUGUCGUUGUGCUGAUGAUUUUAUAGUUCAGCUGGUGACAUUUUGCUAGAAAAUAGAUCCUAUAGGGAAGCCAAAUUAUGGCUAUAAAAUAACAGUGGACCAAAGUUGUUGUAGUUGAUAUAAAAGCUUACGUCUGCUGAUGUUCUCUGACAUAUUAGUGCAUCGCUGAUGGAUUUUGUUAAUGAUACUGUUUUAAGUUCAGGACCAACAUCCAUCAAAAAAAAACAUUGCCUUUAAUUUAUUAUAAUUUAAGAUAAGUUUAUGAUGUUUAAAUUUCGCUUUUUGCACUCUUAAAUGAAACGAGAUACAAAUUCCAGCAUUACAGGCGUAACUUAAAGUUGCUUGUCAUUUAUCUUUUUAACCAAUUUUUUCUGCCAAUAUUAAAGUAUAUUUCCUGAAUGAACACUACUAUUGUAUAAAUUGGAGAAUAAAUGGUUCAUGAUAUAAACAUGAUGCCUUGAAUUUGAGCAAGAAAGAGAAAAUGGGCGAAUUUGAUAAAUGUAUCCUUUUAUGUUUUUUCCACUAAAGCAAAUAUUUAUUUUGAAGGACCAAAAAAAACUACUUUUUCAUGCUGCUGUCUAAACAGUCACAAUUCCAUCACUGCAUAACCCACAAACCACUUACGGUUAACAUAUUAAGAGGGAUCAGACAUACAGUAAAGAUUAUUUACCGUCUCAUUAACUUGCGGUUUUCUUUUAAAACUUCUCAAAUUACAUUCGGGAACGUCUUUUUACAUAGUCCCACAUUCCUGCUUUCUAAAAAGAGGAACAAAUUACUGACAUGUAGCUGAAAAUUGGUGUCAUAUGUCUGAUAACAAAUUGAGAGGAUAAAGGUGGAACUCUAACCCACAUUUUAACUAAAAUGACUUAAAAAUUGAGUAAAUGCUGGGAACAAAUUCUGAAAAUGUGGUCACAAUGUGAAUUUUGUUUUGUCCCCCUCUGAUGUCAUAUGAUAAUUUCUGUCUGAGAAAUAAGUUAAUAUGAUAAAUAAGUCUCUAUUACACAAACGUGCACACUGUGUAACCUCUCAGUAUUCUUUCUGUCUUAUGAAGGGAUGUUUCUUCGAUUAUUUAUUGUUUCAGUGAAGGUGAAGUUGCCUUUGUGCACCGAUCUUAUAUCUCCUCUCUGCAGAUUUCUCAUGUUGAGUAGACCUGAGGAGAAGAACGUUACAUUUUGGCGUGCACAUUGUUUGCGAUAUUCACAAGGAAAAUACAGUUUUGCAUUAUGUUUACUUUGUUUAUUUUAAUCCAGCAUCACAAGGACGCCUCUGAGUUUUACAGUUUGUACAACGUUAAGACACCCUGUGGGACAUUUGGGUAAAGUGAGCCACAAAAACUCUUUUAACAAAUCAAACCAUGCAAAUUGACGCCUGUGCGUAUUUGUUAUUGCUACUAUUAUUGUUGUUGUUACUUAUUUGGCGAGUAUUGUGAUUAAAACUUUCUGGAAUAAUUUGUUGUGUAACCCUCUAAGAACAAAGGAUAGUGCAGCACUUACUGUUUUUUUUUUGUUUGUUUGUUUGUUUUGUCCGAGAAACUGCAGAUACAAAGGGCAACAUCACUGUGUGUUUUUAUGUGUGUGUGUGUGUUCUGAAUUCUUCUGAUUGUGUUUCCAGUCUGGGCCAAACACAAGUCUCAGAUGUACAGCAAAGAAUUGAUUACUGUGGGUAAAUUCAUUCACCAUUACCGGUUUCAACAAACCCAAGUUACUGUCUUACUGAAAAUGUGUCUUUAUCUAACUCUGCAUUAUUUUAUAACUUGUUUUUUACCAAACUAUGAUCUACUUUAUACAGUUGAUGUUACACUUGGACAGACGUUAAAAGCAGUUAUCAGGGGUGUGUGUGUGUGUCCUUGUUUGUUAUAUCCCAGUUUCUAAUAUUUUCCCCCUCUGAGCAAAGAGAGCCUUAUUUUCAUUUAAUUGCCUUAUUUUUGCCUUUGAUAUUGUUUUAUGUGUUAACUACAAGUGGAGUGAACUAGUAUUUACUACUGUUAGAUUUUUUUUAAGAAAUACCCAUGGUACUUAAAAGCUGAAACUUGUUUCCUAGCCCUGGUCCUUGAGACCCAAAGUACUGCACGUUUUCCCAGUAACCGCUGCCAGCCGUGGUCCACGUGCUCCGUGCACAUCGAACUUGUCUUUGCCCAGGUUUGGUUUGUGUUAACUGUACAUAUUGAAGUGCUUAUUUUAUACCGGUGAUGUGCAAUUUUCAUAAAGAGUUACUGAAUCUGUUUAUAAUCUGUGCAAAACAAAACAAGGUUUGAAAGGUUUCUGACAAAAAAAAAUCUAUUGACACACCAAACAUCCAAUACUUGCUACUUGAAUAAUAUACUUGAGUCAAAAUAUAACUGGGUAAAUUUAUUCUUCUAUAAAACUGUUUAAAGCUUUUGUUCUUAAAAUGUUUGACAUCUAAAAACCAAUGUUUGUUGAAGAUGGAGAAACAUUUCAGACUUGUUUUGUGUGUGGUAACUAUCAGGGUACUUGAUUUCAUGUGAUGCAUUUUGAUUUGUUUUUAUAUUACUGUUUGCAUGUCAAGGUGCGUUUGUUUCAAUUCAUCUGGCCUCCUGAUUCUUAUUGUGAGACUUUUGCCCACCGAUUACGGAAGUGAAACACGCGCACCUGUUUGCUGUUUGACUGACAGCGAGAAAGAAUGUUUGUGUGUUUGAAGACCUGAAACUAACACGAACCACCAGCCGAAAGUGGAGGCGUUCAAAACUCUGGCCAGUUAUUAUUAACCUUAUGUGGUUUUUACAAGAUGGUAUUUACCGACCUCCAUGGGGGAAUUAAAGGAACUACGCCCAUUCCCCUUUUAUCUAUGGUGAACUUUACGUACAAAUACUUGUUUUAAUGCAGAUGUUGUCCAAUCAGGGCAAAGUAACAGAAAUCACUAAUCAAAAUGUAGUUUACUUGAUUAAAAUUCUUUUUUUUUUUAAAUAUAAAAGUUAUUUGUUACUGGAGAGCUCUGAAAGUCCAGUUGAGGUUGUUGAUGAAUCUUGUUGCCUGGACUGGAGAUAAUUUUAGAUGAAUAAAUAAUCAUUCAUUAUUUGUAAAUUUUUUAGCUUGGUGGACAGGAAAGUGAAUUCCAGGAGUUGGAUACGUUACAUAAUCACGCGGCUUUGACAUUUAAGGCUGAUCAAAUGUUUUAUUUAUUGUUAUUAUCAAGAAACUGUGACCUGUGUGUUACUCCUUUUGAGAUGCUGCUCUGGUUCGUUCAACUGAAAGUAAAACAGUAAAAUGUCUUUUAAUCUUCA